AACAACACUGUCGCACGUUUCGCGACAACGGGUUGUUUUACGGCACACGUGGGGUACACAGUCGUCCGAGUGCAUUGAGCUCCGGCAGUUGUUGCUUCAGCAUGGCUAAAGUUUCGAAAAAGAAAGCGAGUAAAAAGAAAACACGCUCCGGAGGUGCGGAGCAGAGCAACGAGGGGCAUCCAGACGUGGUUUACGACGAUGAAAAGGAGGAGGAUGCGACUGAUGAAGAUAUUACUGUUGAGGACGAAGACGAGCACGAUGAACGAAAACGCCAAAAGCUGCUGGAGGCUAUCGGCACUCUCAGUGGUAAGAGGAAGAAAACUCUGGGGGAGAGGUCCGAAGCGGCCGUGCAUAUGUCCGAAUUUACGGUCAACGCAGAGGGCGAGGGCGACAAAGUCGAUCUGUCGGACUUGAUAGGGUCCAUUGAGAAAACCCCUGGACUCUCAGGCAAGAGCAAGAAGCGGCUGAAAAAUUUGGAGCAAAACAGAAAGACCAUCGAGUGCCCGCUAAGCAAGCAGGAGAGCGAGAGGAUACGGAGAGAUCUGGCUUUUCAGAAGGUUUCCAAAGAGGUGAGCCAUUGGAAGAGUGUCAUCAGACAGAAUGAGAGGGCUGAGCAGCUGGUCUUCCCUCUCAAUCAGGAGCCUUCAGGCCCCAAGCCCAUUGAGAGGGUGGUGAUGGGCUGGAAGGCUCAGACUCCGCUUGAGCAAGAAGUCUUCACUCUCCUGUCUGCCAACAAGCAGCCUAUUAAUGACCCCAUUCUUACUCCCACUGAGGAGGCUUCCAUGAAAGCGAUGAGCCUGGAGGAAGCUAAGGUACGUCGUGCAGAGCUGCAGAAGGCCCGGGCUCUUCAGUCCUACUACGAGGCCAAGGCGAGGAGGCAAAAGAAGAUCAAGAGCAAGAAAUACCACAAAGUGCUGAACAAGGCCAAAUCCAAGGAUUUCCAGAAGCAGUUUGAUGAGAUGGUGAAGAGAGACCCGGCUGCUGCGCUGGAGGAGCUGAAUAAGAUGGAGAUGGCGAGGAUGCAGGAGAGGAUGUCACUGAAGCACCAGAACAGCAGUAAGUGGGCCAGGUCCAAGGCCAUCAUGGCAAAAUAUGAUGAAGGUGCCCGCAAAGCUAUUCAGCAGCAGCUGGAAGUGAACAAAGACCUGACCCAGAAGUUGGUGACCUCACUGAACAAGGAAGAGGAGGAGACGAUGGAGGAAGAUGGUAACGCAGACGUGGUGCCUGACUUUGUGAAUGAUGCAGAGCAAGGACUGGAUUUUUCCAAUCCUUGGAUGACUGGAAAGCUCUCUCAAGACUGCGUGGAGAAGGAGACAAGUAAUGCUGUGACUAUUAGAGCUGAGGAAAAUGUAGCCGAGGAAGAGGAGGUGGAGGAGACAGAAGAAGAGGUGCUACUCAGAGAAUUUGAUAGCAGGAGAAAACGGCGUCAAGCUCAGGAAGCCGACGCAGCUGUAAUACUUACGGAGGAGGAGGAGGAGGAAAACAAGGAUGCUUCCGACAAAGAGGAAGAAGAGCUUUCAGAGUUCACAAGCCUUUUCAAAGGAAUAGCAGAGGGCUGUGGAGAGGCCGACACAGCAGCUGAGCUGGAAAAGGAGCUCAAAAUCAGGUGUCUAGAGGAUGAAGAGCUUCUCACUCAGGACAAGGAGGCAGAGGAGGAGGAGGAAGCCACAGAUAAAGGACCUGUUGUUCCGCAGCAUCCUCCAGCCACAGAAAACGGACAAAAGACGGGAAAAAGCAGGAAGAGGAGGAAAGGGAUUGAGCUGAAACAAGUUCUCACCAAGGGCGCACAGGUCCUCCAGGUUCCCUUUGCUCCCACCAUCGAGGAUGCAGAGGACUCGGAGGGAAAGCUGGACCAGAGGGGGCUCAUUAAAGAGGCCUUCGCUGGAGAUGACAUCAUCUCUGACUUUCUGAAGGAAAAGAGGAAGCAAGAGGACGCAGGGAAGCCUAAGGUGGUAGACCUGACACUACCUGGGUGGGGUGAGUGGGGAGGGGGAGGACUGCAGCCAUCAUGCAGAAAACGUAAGAAGUUCAGGAGAAAGAUGACCCCACCCCCACCCAGGAAAGACCAGCAUCUACCAGGUGUCAUUAUCUCUGAGAAGAGGAGCAGCUCCAUCAGGCUCCACCAGGUCAACGCGCUGCCCUUUCCCUUUGAGAGCCCCUCAGUCUUUGAGAACACCAUCCGCUCUGCGCUUGGCCGCACCUGGAACACAGAGCGCACUGUCAAAAAGGUCACCAAGCCCAAGGUCGUCACCAAGCUGGGCGCCAUCAUCGAGCCCAUGACUCGGGAGGAGCUAGUGAAGGACAAGAACCGAGCGUCUGCAGGAAGCAGCAGUAGUGUGAAGAGCUGAACUGAUGUAAAGAAGCUGUUCUGUGGACAUUAUUAAAACAUAGCUUUCCCUGCUGCAGUGGAACUGAUCUGUAAUGUCAGAAUAUUUGAAGCGACUUAAUAUGGUUAAUAAUUUUGUUUCAGGAGCAGAUGAUCUGAUCAAAUGGUGAUGAGAGCUUUUAAAUGUUAUGUUUGUCAUUUGAGAAUACCUGAAAUAAUUCUUACUGGAGGAGUUGAAUUUGUUUGCAGUCUUGCUGUUUCACCCUGUAGUUGGAGCUGAAGCUGUGAGAUGCACUGUAGAAAACAAAUAUCUCAGAAUGUCGAGAUGUCUGCUUUGUAACUUUUUGGAGAAAAUUUAAUUUUUAAUUACACUCUUAUACUGA